GAUUAUCGUUUUUUAGGAUUUUUCUAAUUUCUUUUUUGAACCUUUUCUUUAAUAACUUACCAUUGUUGAGUCUAAUUAAAAUUGAUAUAGUGAAAAAUUCUGCAGUGUAAAUCACAGAUAGAGAUAGUUCGAGAUGGCAGAAAAAUCCAAUGAAAAGGUGUUUGAUCCAUAUGAGGCCCGUGAAGUGGAAAAACCCUUAUCCAAUUGCGAUGCGUUAUUAUCGCUGCUGAAGUGUGUGGUCGGAACCGGUUGCUUGGCCCUGCCCCUCGCCUUCUUCUAUGUUGGCUAUGUGGGCGGCAUCAUUCUGACGAUCGUUGUCACAGCCCUUUUAAUUUAUGGAUUGCAACUACUGAUUCGUUGUAUGGUAGAGUCUAGUCGACGGAACAUGGUCGGCUAUAUGACCUUUCCAGAGACAAUGUCAUAUGCAAUUUCUGUAGGGCCGAAGUGCUGCCAUUGGGCCUCGAAGUGCUCUGGGCAUUUAGUAAAUGCUAUUCUGAUAUUCUCCCACUACGGUGUGUGCGUAGUUUAUAUCGUGUUUGUAAGCGUAAAUGUGAAGCAAGUUAUUGAUCAUAACUGCAAGGAAUUGGAUGUCCGGCUUUAUUGUUUCAUAGUAGGAAUGUUAUCAUUGCCACUAUUUCUACUGCGGCACCUGAAGUAUUUGGUGCCCACAAAUAUAAUUGCCAAUAUUUUGAUGUACACUGGUUUUGGAUGUAUCUUUUACUAUUUUUUUACAAAUUUACCUCCCAUUAAAGAUGUCGAGCUUUUUAAUUAUCAGCUUCCAUUGUUUUUUGGCAUCCUGCUGUUUGCCACUUCGUCCGUGGGCGUGAUGCUUGCCAUCGAAUCGAAAAUGGCCAAACCACGGGAUUAUCUGGGCUGGUUCGGUGUUCUGAAUCGCGGAGCAGUGUUUGUGGCUCUAACAUAUAUAAUAUUUGGAUUCAUGGGGUAUUGGCGCUAUGGUAGUAUUGUGGCGGCUAGUGUGACUUUAAAUAUGCCCACUAGUGAAGCGCUGGCGCAGGUUAUCAAACUGUUCAUUGCGAUAUCCGUGUUCUUCACGUUUCCGUUGAGUGGAUACGUUGUUGUCGAUAUCGURUGCAAUCAAUAUAUUGCAAAAAACCACAAUCCCAAGAAYCCGCAUAUGAUWGAAUACAUAUUUCGCGCUUGCUUCGUGAUUGUGUGCACAGCUAAUGCAAUCGCUUUCCCCAAUUUGGGUCCACUCUUAGCUUUGGUUGGAGCAUUUUCCAUAUCGCUACUGAAUAUCAUUUUUCCGUGUUGGAUUGAGAUCUGCCUCUUGUAUGGCUCAUCGUAUGGCCCUGGAAAAUGGAAACUGGUUAAAGAUAUAAUAAUAAUUAUAAUAGGGUUGGCUAUUCUUGGAUACGGAACUUAUUCGGCUAUCAUGGAUAUGAUCCGCGAGUAUGGCGGUAGUAAUAAUGCUGACGCUGGUGCUGAUAAUAGCAACAAAACCAAGGGAGCCGAAGAUAUAGAAGAUGAACUAAAUGCAGCUACCAUAAAUGAUCCAAUUAUUGAUGAUAUAACUCCCGCACAGAAAUUUUACUUUUGAUUGUAGAUUGCAACAAAGUUGAUCCUGACAACGUACAGAAAUCCAGAAACCCACAUAAAUAGUCUCUUCAAAGAAAAAUCAGUGCAUAAAUCUCUAUUUUAUUUAUAUUAUGAGGUGUUACCGUCGUCGUUUGAUUUCAAAUUUCGACGAGGAAGCA